AUGCUAAAAGCCUACCCGGAUGUGCUUAACGUUUCCUUGAACAACGGUGUUGCCAUGCCAACAUUUGGUCUUGGAACCUGGCAAUCUCAACCUGACGAAGUUUCCAGAGCUGUUGAGUAUGCUAUUAGAAAAGGCUAUAAAAUGAUAGACACUGCUGCCAUUUAUGGGAACGAAUACGAGGUAGGUGAAGGUAUCAAAAACAGUGGGGUAGAUAGGAAUGAUAUUUUUGUCACUACAAAAUUGUGGAACUCUCAUCAUGCACCUGAGGAUGUACCAAAAGCUUUGGAUGAGAGUUUGUCAAAAUUGGGACUCGACUACGUUGACCUUUAUUUGAUGCAUUAUCCAUGUGCUAACGAUAAGGCACAAUUCUUGGAAGGGAAUAAUAUUAAAGUGGAUAUCGACUAUGUCACUACUUGGAAAGCUAUGGAAAACUUACUGGGUACAGGAAAAGUCAGAGCAAUUGGUAUAUCCAACUUCUCGCAAGAGGAGAUCGAGAACUUGCUUGCUAAAUGCCAAAUUGUUCCUCAGGUUCAUCAAAUGGAAAUGCAUCCUUAUUUGAAACAGGAUAAGUUCUUGAAAUUCCACAAGGAUCAUAACAUUAUAGUUACUGCUUACUCUCCAUUUGGUAAUCAGAACUCUUGUUAUGAGUUGAACGGAGAACCCAAAAUAUUGCAGCAUCCUACCAUUGUUGAAAUUUCCGAGAAGCUGGCUGAAUCCCCUGCCCAUAUUUUAAUUGCUUGGGGUAUUCAGAGAGGUACUAUCGUUAUUCCAAAGUCAGUUACCUUUGAAAGAAUUGAUGAAAACUUACUAGGACAGAACUUAAAACUUUGCAAAGAGAAUUUUGAUGCGGUUUCCUCGCUUGGCUUCUCUAAAAGAUAUUCCGACUUCGGUCCGGCUGUUGGUUACUGGUACUAUAAAGAUUUGGAGUGCCCAGGAAAGCAACCAGAAGGGUACACAGAAUGA